AUGGAAUCAUUCUGCAAGGAGGUCAGUGUCAAUGAGACUUUGGCACUUGCAGCCGAGCUCAAGACGGUUAAAGAGUGGUUUACUUCUAUACAGGUGUUCUGUUGUAUACUUGGAGUAAUUGGAAAUGUUCUUAAUAUUCGAACUCUUCAAAGUGGUACAUUACAAACUGUUCCUUUUAUGUACAUACGCGCUUUGGCAUAUUUCGAUUUGAUUGCUCUUACUAUGAUACUCAAUCAUUUCGGUUUAAUCCGAUUUUCUAGCAUUGCUCCUAUUAUGUUCUUCACAACUUAUAUUGAAGCUCCAGUGAUUAACACAUUUUUGAUCGCCGGCCUAUAUUGUGCAUUCUGUCUCACUAUUGAAAGAUAUUGUCUGAUAUCUAGACCUCAUCACCGCCCGUCCUCAAACCCCAGAAAACAAGCACGUCGGAAGAUUGCUAUUCUGUUAGGAGUUUCAUUCUGUAUCCACCUGCCUAUGGCACUUCAACGGACCAUGAGAAGAAAUGAUUCUGGGGAGUAUGUAAUGGUUAACAAUAUUGAAAUUCUGUGCCAAGAACCGUAUUGGUCAAUUUACAACUAUUACAAGCUAGCUAGAGAAUGUGUUCGAGUUGCUAUUGUUAUUAUAAUGACAGCGUUGAAUGUUGUUAUUGCAAAACGGCUGAAACAGAACGAUGAGCGAAGAAAUCGACUUGUCAGAAGGUCAUCUCCGCAGAACAACUCCUCAAGUGGGAUGGUAACAGAUUCUGAUGCUAGUUUACCGCCAGCCGUCAGACGAGAAGAAUCAUAUUUCCUCAGAAGUUUCACUGAGGGCCGACUAACUAUUCUUAUGGCCGUCAUAUGUUUCAUAUUCGUUGUUGGAAACAUUCCUCAAAUUGUCGUUAUGAUUCUGCAAAACGAGGCUAUGGAGCACAAUUUCAAAUUUCAGCUCUAUCGUCAUUGCUCAAACACUUUAGAAGUGCUUAACCACUGUCUCAAUUUCUAUGUAUUUUGUGUGGCGAGUCGUGAAUAUACCAGAGCGUUUGUGAAUAAUUGUGUAUGCCUACAAAGAGUAGUCUACAAGUUUCCAUUCUGUCGAAAAAUUGUCUUCAGUCGGAGAAGUAGCAGUGUGAUGGUACCUGCGGGAGGUUUCGGAAUCGGAAACAGAGAUUACCUAAGUAUGGAGUCUUUUCAUGAUCCUAACAAUGUUGGCGAGAACGCUGCAAGCCCAUUCGUUCAUGCUGAUCCAAAUGUCCGGGGAAUUCUUGUAACUGCUAAUCGUGAAACAGGAACUCGCCAAAAGAAAUCUUUAACGAUUGUGAACCAUAAUGCUACUGAUGGCGAAGGACCAUCAAGUAACGGAGCCACGCAAAUAUAA